ACAGAGUCGAUAGGCUACCGCGAAAUACAAGUGGUGGACUCUUAUUUAACAUAGCCGGCAAGCAGCCGGCAGUGCUCACUUGACCACCGACCGUAACAGAGUAUUCGCAUUUCAAAGGUAGCGUAUCGAGACCCGCGGUGCCCGCAGUGCGAAGAUCUUUUUUUUCCGUGAAAGACAGUGGCCCUAGACCGUUCGCCAUGACCGUUCUAAUCUUCGCUUUUACGGCGUUUCUCUUCUCCAACCACGCGCUCGGCGACGACUUCGGCUACGACGGGAAACACGGUCCGGAACACUGGGGCGACGACUACAAGACCUGCCUGGGGAAAUACCAAUCCCCCAUCGACAUCGAGGACAAGGAUGUUAGAACCGCGAGUUUCCCGCCUCUACGAUUUUCCAACGUCCAGGACCCUCACCCAGCCUACAUGACGAACAAUGGUCACACAGUGAUGAUUCGAAGUACCGAUUCGGAUUCGAAAAACGUACCCACGGCGAGCGGAGGACCGCUCAACGACACCUACGUGUUCCAACAACUGCACUUCCAUUGGGGAGAAAACGACGACGAAGGCUCGGAAGAUCUGAUUAACAAUCACUCGUUUUCGAUGGAGCUUCACGCGGUUUUCUGGAAGCAGUCCUACGGAUCAUUGAGCAAUGCAAUGAAAUAUCGCGACGGCUUGGCUGUGCUGGCAUUUUUAUACCAGGCAACGGACGAGCCCAACCCGAAUUUCGAGGCGAUUGUAUCACAGCUGCCGGAAAUAGCAACGGUCAACAGUAACGUGACGAUAAAGGACGAUAACAUUUUAAACAAAUUGAUCGCGCCGAACGGCGCAGCGUCCCAGGAUUAUUACACGUACAUCGGGUCGUUGACUACACCCCCGUGCCUCGAGGUCGUACAGUGGAUCGACUUCAUAAAGCCGCAGAAUAUAUCCCAUGAACAGUUGGCCGCUUUCCGCAGUAUUAAAAGCAACGAUGGCUCGAACUUGACGCAUAAUUAUCGGCCAGUGCAGCCGUUGGACAACAGAACAAUUUACCGUAACAUCAACAAUGAUAGUACCGAGCCUGCUAAACCCGAAGUCGGAUCAUCAUCGCCUAUCGAGGCUGCUAAACCCGCAGUCGGAUCAUCAUCGCCUACCGAGGUUGCUAAACCCGCAGGCGGAUCAUCGUCGUCUACCGAGGCGACAAGUGCAUCGACGACCAAACAAAUGUCCUCUGUCCCUACGACUGUGAAACCGAGUCCUUCGACACAUAACUCGCCUAGUCCAUCAGCUCCAAAGCCAACAAUUGCUUCGAAAACUACCGUUGGAAAACCCACGACGGACACUUCUCCUAAAGAAUCAGACACCGAUGCACCUGGCACGAUGAAAUCGGGCAAAACUGAGAACGGUCAUCAUUCCGGUCAAGAAGGAAUAUGGAACGCAUCGACUGCGGUACUCGUAUUCGGAAUUAGUUUCCUUCUGCCAUGGCAACGAUACGCUGGGAGUCUCUAGUCAAUGUGAUUUUGACUACAUAUACACUAUUUAAAAUAAGAUGUUGAAAAGUUUUGAAUAAGCGUGUACAUAAUAAGUCUCGUUACGAAAAUGUAAUUAUUUAUAUUCUCAGAGGCAUUCGUAUUUAAAAAAAAAAAUGUCCGUGCCCCGACAUUUUAUCGAUUAAUCUUAUGGCUAUGCAGUAGUAGACUACACACUAUGAGAUAAAAAUAUUUUUUUAUUUUUGUCCGUUUACGCGCGUACGAUUGUUAAUUGAUUGUAAAAGUGUUCGCAGAGAUCCUACGCUCGUUCGUACACUUUGUACCGAUUUAUGCUUCAGUGAAAAGAUCGUUCUUACGUUGACUGAUUUACAGAGGGCUAUCCGCUAUACAAGGUUGUGAAAAUAUAGUUUUUGGAUUUUUAUAGCGUUACCAUUUCCGUAGAAACGGUAGAGUAAAAUGAUUUCUGAUCUGUUCGUAGUCGAAGAAAACGAUGGUAUCCUAUUUUAAUACCCUAUUUGGUACGCAAUUUUUAAUAUUGGCACUCGUUCGACAGUUCCUACCGAUGCCAUAACAACCUAUAUCGAUUAGACUAUAGCUUAUAAGAUUCUCUCAGAAACCAACGUGUAUAUAUGUAAAAUGUGUGUCUAUAAAAUAUAGUCAACCGAAAUAAAUAUCGUAUCGAAUCUAA